AUGUCUCUCAUCAACAGCAACUUGGUUCUUCUUGUGUUAGCAAUUUCAGCUCUCAUGGUCAGUACAACAACAUUCGCAGCUGCAAGGGAAUUGCCAACAGCGAUACGUUACCCAGGUCAUAACUUAGCAGCUCGGAUCAAUGCGGAUGAUGGUGGUGCUGGCAUGGUUGAGUGCUGGAAUGCGCUGUAUGAGUUACGGUCUUGCACUAACGAAAUUAUACUUUUCUUCAUGGAUGGCGAGAUGUAUCUAGGUCUUGAAUGUUGUAGAGCUAUCCGUACCAUAACUCGCGACUGCUGGCCUUCUAUGCUUACUUCUGUGGGUUUUACUGCUGAAGAGGGAGACAUUUUACGUGGUUAUUGUGAUGCUCCGCACUUGGCUGCACCGCGAUCUUCACACGUACCCAUGCUUCCACCGGUACAGGCUCCUGCUCAGUCACCAUAUAUCUCGGGACCAAGUACUGCCCCAGUAUUCGUUGAAUAG